UUGACAGCAACAGAAGAAUAUGGCAGUGAAAUAUUUAAGUAUUUUUAUCAAAUUCGUCAACAAAAUAUUAAAUAACCAGUAUGAUCUCUUAAAAUUAUGUUAAACUUUUUAUUCUCAACAGUCUUUGUAAGUUAAAACUCAAUGUAACGUCAAAGAUACUCAUUUGUUCACAACAAAGAGGUUAGAAAUUGUAAAAAAAAAUGUUUGAAAGCCCAAGUACCUUGGAAGAUUUGUGUUUAGACACGAUUUGCGAUAAUAUUAUGAUAUAUGCAGAGCCUCAGAGAAAGACCAAAGAAGGUUUGUGGGAAAGAAUAAGUUCUAUCGAAGAUUAUGCGGGAUGUGAGAAACGAUAUGUAUUUCAUGAUCCUGAGAUUUUUCUAAUUAAUGAGGUAUCUGAGAAGUUACUGAGGAAAUUCUGUGAGAAAGGUUAUCUUUGUGAUGCAACCCUAAACUUAUUUACAGAGAACAAUACAAAGUUAAGAAAUGUGAAAUUAAAAAAUUGUGAAGUGACAAAAAAAGGAGCUCAUAUUUUUAAGCAGCAUAAAAUCGUAGACUUGGAGUGUAUUAACUUGAAGAGAAUUAGUAUUGGAGAAAUUUAUGAUUGUUUAAAUGAAUGGUCUGUUGAGAAUAUGACAAAUGUAAAUUUUUCAUACUGUAGUGCUAUUGAUGCAAACCGGCACAAUUUUAUAAUAAAAAUAUCUAAUUUAAAGAAUUUAAGAAGUCUCAAUUUGUCAAAUACAGAACUGAACCAAAAAAUGUUCAAAAUCAUUUGUGAAGAUUUAAAAUUAUUAGAGAAGAUAGAUAUUUCCAACACUCAAGUUACGGAUUUAAAACCACUUACCAUGUUGUCUUCAAAACUUACAAGUCUGUCAAUUUGUGAUAUGGCUCAAGUUGAGCAUUUGGUAUCUACGAUAGAACAGUUAAAACUGUUAAAAUAUUUAGAUAUUAGUUUUUACACUGAAAAAGUGGACAGUCAGACAUACAACCAAAAUUGUCCCAUCACAGAAUUUUUGGAAAAUCAAUACAUAUUACCUGAUCUUAUGGUAUUAGAUGUAUCUGGUUGGAAAGACUUGAUAUCGCAGCAGGUUCUAUUGCGAUUUAUUGAAACACAUCCUAAAUUGGAAUUUUUGGGCAUUGUCCUGUGCGCUGUGACUUUCGAUCCUGUAUUUUCAGAUCCCACUAGUACGAAUUACCCACAUAAUCUAACUAUUGCUGGUUUAGGCAAUGAAGAGCACAUCAAACUCACUUUAAAGAGACAUAAAGGAAGGUCAAACUAUGUCCAAAAAGCAUUAUACCACCUGUUCCAACUAACCAGCAUAUUCAAAGAGGCCAGACCAGACAUCUUCAACUUGGUUCUACCUGUGAUGGAAGCCCAUUCCAGCAGAUUCGGCGUACAGAUGGCAGCCACGGCUUGCCUGUACAACUUAACUCGUGGAGAUCUCUCAAAAAAUAUACAUCCGAAAGCCCUCAGCAACGGCGUGAACCUAACGCUCUUGGCGAUGAAAACUUUUCCUAAAGAGUUUCAGCUACAAAAGAACUCUUUGUUGACACUCUGUAGUGACCGUAUAUUGCAGGAAGUUAACUUCGAUAAGUUUAAGUGCGCUAAAUUAGUUCUUGAUGCCUUGUGUACAUUCGAUGACGUUAAUAUGAACAGGAUGGCGGUGGCUAUCUGCAGCAUCCUGGCGGCUAAGGUUAGCACGAAACAGACUUCGGAGCUGGGUGCCACACCGAAAUACAUGAGGAAACUGCUAGCGAUGGUCCAGAGCAGAGUCGACACUAUAGUUGUCGAUAUCACUUUGAGGUUUACUUUGAGUGCGCUGUGGAAUCUGACGGACGAGAGCGCCGCUACUUGCGCCGUUUUCUUGGAGCAAGGAGGUGCUCACUUGUUCCUGAACGUUUUGAGGACUUUUAAGGGCGAUUCUACUAUAGAAACCAAGGUUUUGGGUCUUUUGAACAACAUAGCGGAAGUGGUAGAUCUGCGCCACAGCCUCAUGCUCGACUCGCUUAUGAGCGAACUCUUCCACCUGCUGAAAUCGGAGAACAUCGACGUCAGCUACUUCGCCGCCGGCAUAGUCGCCCAUCUGGCGUCGGACGGCGAGUUACGGUGGACUAUUUCGAAUCGCAAGAGGGGCGAGAUGCUGCUGGAAUUAGAAAACGCGGUUUCUCAGUGGAAGGUCCCCGACAACGAAAUGGUCGCUUACAGGAGUUUCAAGCCAUUUUUUCCUCUGUUGCGGACGGACAUGGACUACCAGGUGCAGCUUUGGGCGGUUUGGGCUAUACAUCACGUGUGCACUAAGAAUCCUACACGCUACUGCUUGAUGCUUAGGGAAGAAAAGGGUCACGUUUUAUUGACCGAUCUUUUAAACUACGUCGAUUCCCACCCCGAGAUCAAGCACAUAUGUUCCCAAAUCCUAGAGACAUUAGAUGUCACCGGAAUGUGAAAUGCGGUAUGUUGGUUGCACCAACGUAAAUGUUAUUUUAAAAUUUUUAUUGAAUUUAUUUUCAAUAUAUGUGAUUUUUACAUUAUAAGUUUUAUCAGAAGUAUUUUUAAAUGAAUUUUUAUUGCAAUAAUGAAAAUUGUUACGUUUUGUUUGCAGCUUUAAAAGAUUUUACAAGUCUGAGACAUUGGUUAUAUUGUUGUUAUGAAUCAAGUUCUUUUCACGCAACGUACUAUAAAAAAUUUAAUGUUACGUGCCAAUAUGGAUAUUAUAUGUCCUGUACAAAAUAUUGUAUAAUUGUUAGACAUUAUAUACUAAUU